AUGUCAAUGUCGGCGCUUAUCUCUGCUCUCCGCGGCGCCGGCCGUCAGCAGCUCGCCGCCGGCACCACUGUCACCACCACGCAGGUUACCGGUUCCUACUUGCUCAGGAUCGACGGGUGCACACUGAAGACGGCCAUCAAUGACACGCUGGUCAAGUCAGGUACCUUCGGCGUCGGCGGCCAUGACUGGCGCAUCCUGUGCUACCCGAACGGUGCGUGGUUGUACCGCGGCUGGCUCUCCCUCUACCUCGAGCGCGCCAACCAUAGCAAGACCGGCGACGCCAUGGCGGAUGUCCGCAUGAGCAUACUCGACCACGACGGCAAGACAAUUACAACCAAAAGUGGCGGCCGGAAAUUCUCGGGCCCCGAUGAUAGAUGCGGCUGGGACGAAUUCGUGGAGACCGAAGCCCUGGACAAGGAGAAGCGCCUCAAGGAUGAUGACAACUUGUCCAUCCUAUGCGACGUCAUCGUCUACGACACGCGCGCCGCCGACUACCGCGCCGGGCUCACGCCCACGGGUACCGUGGUGCCUCUGAGCGAGCUGCACCAGCAGCUCGCGGUGGUCCUGUGGGAGUCCAAGGAGGGGGUGGACGUGGAGAUCGAGGUCGGCGGGGAGACCUUCGCGGCGCACAGGUGGAUGCUCGCCGCCCGGUCGCCCGCCUUCAAGGCGGAGCUCGCGCUGACCACAGCAACGAACAGGCUACACAUCGACGACAUGGAUGCUGCAGUGUUCAAGGCCAUGCUUCUCUUCAUCUACACGGACGCGCUGCCCAAGGAGUUGGAGCUGGCAACCAUGGCGAAGCCGCUGCUCGUGGCGGCGGACAGGUACAAGCUCGAGAGGCUGAAGCUGAUCUGCGAGGAGGAGCUGUGCGGGCACAUCGGCGUGCAAUCGGUGGCCGCCAUGCUGGCGCUGGCGGAGCAGAAUUCUUGCCGCGUGCUCAAGGAGGCUUGCACGGGGUUCCUCUCCGAGCCCGGUAAUCUCAAAGCAGCCAUGGCGACCGGUGAUUUUGAGCAGCUGAAGACGGGUUGCCACCCUGCUCUUAUGGAGCUCCUCAUGAAGCAGUAUAUUGCCGCGAUAGAAGCUUAG